AUGAGCGCCACACAUUCCGUCCGUCCUGUGGUCUGUCCGUUUGGGGUACGCCACGCCUCCAGGGUAUACGCAGAACGGAGUGAUCACGAGAUGCAAUUGAUGGAAGGAUGUCUGAUUGCCUCGGCGAAAACACCAAGUCAAGGAUGGAUUUUUGAUCCCCAACUAUCCGCGUGGGAACAUGAACAUGCUGAACAAGCGAGAGAGGGUCUGGACAGCGAAAAGAAGUUCUCUGGAAAACAAAUCUGCCCGCUGAGAGUAGAUGUCAGUUUCCUAAUCAAUAUCUGGCGCGUUGAAAUCACCCAAGACAAGACAAUGUCCAUCGCAGGCGUACCUCUGUAUGCUGGCCAACAGCAUUGGUACGAGUGUAUAGAGGUUUAA